AUGGUUUCCAACAUUGAUCACAAGGCUGUAGGAGCACUACUCCAUGGUCAAGAAUGUGCUAACAGCCUUAAGAAACUCUUCGACAACGGCGACAUAAGCUUAGGCUCAACAGAGUCACUCAUCGACACUAUUCUUGAUACUUUCUCACUUGCUCUAUCUUGUAUGGAUGCUCCUAAUCCUCCACAACACUAUGAGUCUUCGUUUGGUAACAUGGCAGGUUUUGUACUCCAAAGAUCAUCAAAGAAAAAGAUUUGCGCAAUGGAGAGUAUUGAGAACUACAAAGACUCUCCGACUCCACGUCCAAAUGACGGCUUCACCUGGAGGAAAUAUGGACAGAAAAACAUCAAAACUUCUCCAUACCAAAGGUGUUACUAUAGGUGUUCCUAUGCAAAAGACCUGAAUUGCAAAUGCACAAAGCGGGUGCAAAAGAUCAAAGACAAUCCUCCACUGUACAGAACCAUUUAUGUGGGAAAACAUGUGUGUAAGGCUUUUACAGUUCAUGAUGAUGAUACAUACGGUUCUGAAAUGAUCAAGUUUGACCAAGUUCUGUCUGAACCGGUCAUGCCUCAACUCGCAACAAUUGACCACCAAGCAACUACCAUGGCCAUGGAGGACAUAGCCAUAGACCACGCCAUGAACCAAGAAUGUGAUAUUAACGAUAUUUUGGUGGACUAUGACCAAUUUUGGGCGAAUCAAUUUCCAUCGGGUGACACAAUGUUCUUGGACAACCUUUGCUUCUUUUGA